CCGCCCCACGGCUUCCUCCCGGGCUGCGGGCACUGAGGCCGCGCGGGGCAGAGGAGUCGGAGCCGGCAAGCAGGCAGCGGCGGCGGCUGCGGAGGCGAUGGCAGGGAAAGAACUGAAGCAAUGCCAGCAGCAGGCGGACGAAGUGACAGAAAUCAUGCUCAACAAUUUCAAAAGGGUCCUGGAGCGUGAUGGCAAGCUGGCAGAGUUGGAGCAGCGCUCAGACCAGCUCCUGGACAUGAGUUCUGCCUUCAGCAAGACAACCAAGACUUUAGCCCAGCAGAAGCGCUGGGAGAAUAUCCGGUGCCGGGUCUACUUGGGGCUAGCAGUGGCUGGGGGCCUGCUCAUCAUCCUGAUUGUGCUGCUGGUCAUCUUUCUUCCAAGUGGUGGGGACACUAGUAAACCAUAGGCCUAGGAUGCAGGCACUGCCUUAGGAACUGGGAACUGACCCAGCCCAGCCUGAAGGAGAGGCUGAAUGGAUGCACUGGCUUGUUCAGGUCUCCAGAGAAUCUUGGUGUUUGCCUCCAACUAGGACAUCUGAGUGACUGCUGAAGGACAUCCUGGAUAUGUGCACCUCUGCAUCUCCUAUCAUGCCAUGGACUGGCCCUUGAGAGCAGCCUGCUGCACUGGCUGCACUGGCCCUAUUAGGCCACACCACUGGAGCCCAGUAAAAGCUGCUCUUUGGUUAAAAAUGCUCUCUCUCUCUCUCUCUCUCUCUCUCUCUCUCUCUCUCUCACACACACACACACACACACACACACCACACACCACAGACACAGAAAUGUAUCAUAUACACCCUACAGACACCAGACAUAGGCAUACAUAUAUGCACCCCCAUACACAGAGACACAGAUACCAUAUACACAUACAUACCACAGACACUCUACAGCACAAACAUACUAUAUAUCCCCGCACACUAAAUUAAUGUAAUCUUUAAAAAAAGAAAAGAAAAGAAAAGAAAACCUAUCACCUCACUCAAAGAACUAUAUUCCAGGAGACAGCCCCUUCCUCUCCUUUUCAGACUUGAUCCUGUCCUACACAGACAGACCUUUAUGGAAUGUGGGCCAAGGGCAGAGUAGCCCAAAAACCAGACUUUUGCACCCAUUCCCAUGAAAAUGAAAUCCAUCAUCUUUUAAUAUCUUGAGCGUUCUCAGAGGACCGAUGGGACUCCAGGUAGAAGGAUAAAAAGGAAAGGGCUUGCUGGGAGUAUAACUCAGUUGACAGAAAUGCCUGCCCUAUAUGAACAAAGUCCUGGGUUUGAUGGUGGUGCAUACAUCUGUAGUCUCAGCACUCAGGAAGUAGAGACAGAAGGAUUACAAGUUCAAGUUCAUCCGUGGCUACAGUUAGUUUGAAGCUAGUCUGGGUUAUAUGAGAGACCCUGUCUCAAAAGAAAAAAAAAUGAUUGGAGAGCUGGCCCAGAGAUUACGAGCAUUGGCUGUUCUUCUAGGGGACCCAGGUUCAGUUCCCAGCACCCACAUGGCAGCUUACAGCUGUCUUUAACUCUAGUUCCAAAGGAUCUGACACCCUUACACAGACACACAUGCAGGUAAAAUACCAACAGGCAUAAAAUAAAUAAGUUUAACAAACAAACAAACAUAAAGUUAAAAAAAGGCAUACUGCUCUUCAGAGGAUCCAAAUUCAGUUCUCAUCUCUCAAGUCAGGUACUUCAUAACCAUCAGUAAGUCCAGCUUCAGGGAGAUCAUCCUCUGUGGGCACCUGCACUUACUUUUGCGUGCGUGCGUGCGCGCGCACACACACACACACACACACACACACACACACACACACACUACACUACACUUUAUAAAAUAAAGCAUUUAAGAACAACAAGAAACAUGCCAGAGAGAUGAUACCAAAAAAUGUUUGCCUUGCAAGCACAAGGGCCAGAGUUACUCCCCAGAAAACAUCUUUAAAAGUCAGGUGUGGGGGCUAUACAGAGAAACCCUGUCUCAAAACAAAACAAAACAAACAAACAAACAAACAAAAACAAAGCAAAAGUCAGGUGUGUGGUACAAUGUGGUAGCUUUAACUUUUGAUUCAAGCACUGGCAAAAUAGGGACAGGCAGAUCUCUGUUAGAUUGAGGGUAUCCUGAUCUGUACAGUGACUCUUUCUAAAAAACACACACACAAACAAACAAAACCAAUAUGGUGGACUUUUUACAUGGUGGAAGGUAGAGGGAGGCAGAUUCCUGGGGGGGUCACUAGCCACUAGCCUAGGUGAGCUCUAGUCCAGUAAGAGAUGUCUCAAAAAAAAAAAAGUUAGCUGGAAAUAAAGACUGUGGACUUGGGGGUGGGACGGUGCUGGUACAUGCCUUGAAUCCCAGAACUUUGGAGGCAGAGGCAGGUGAAUUUCUCUGAGUUUGAGGCUAGCCUCAGCUACAUAGUAAGAAAUUGUCUCAAGAAAAAAAAAAAAGAAAAGGGUGGGGUAGAGAACAGAAGAGAAACAACAGACAACUACUGUGUGAACAACAACUGAGGUGGAUCUCUGGCAUCCACACAUAGAUGCACACACAUACAUGGACAUGAAUAUAUAUACAUACAUGAGACAAACACUUGACAUUCCUUCCUUCAUAAUUUUUUUUCCUUCAUAAUUUUUUAGUCCGUGUGUUAUUUUUAGUUGAGUGUUACAUAACACCACAUUACACCCAAAAGCCUUUAAUGCUUCCAUGGUGCUAUAAACAGAGUCAUAAAGGUUUCCCUUUAGGAAAGAAUCAAGGCAUUCCAAUGUUCUAAGUUACACAGGACAACAAAGCCAGUGCCUUUAAUGCCAUAGGAAGGAUCACUCAUGUGGGGCUGGCACGAUGGUUUGGCAGGGACUAGGUGGAGGAUGAGGGUAAACUCAGCCAAGAAGACACACUAGAGACACUUCCGGCUCGUACUGGCACUUCUAGAACGCUGCGAGAGCCCUCCGAGCGAGGCUCCCGAAAGUCCCCGGAAUUUCCUCUUUCUCCAACCUCAUUGGCCUUAGCCUUUGAU